AUGGCUACAUUACCUAGUAAAAAACUAUGCAUAAAAUGUAACAAAACUAAAGCUACUGCAAGAUGCGGAGGUUGUCUUCAAGAAUUUUGCAUUCGACAUUUCACAAAUCAUCGACAGGAACUUAAUCAACACUUCGAUAAACUUACAAUUGAACAAACAACUGACAUGAAAAAUCAUCCAUCGAUGAAACAAAUUGAUAAAUGGGAAUUUCAACAACAAACUCUCUUAGUCGAUGCCAACGCUCGUUCAGCUGUCGUCGAAGAACUCGAUGUUGUGAAAGCUCAAAGCUUAGCAACGCUCGAAAGAGACUUGAACUUACGUCAAGAGAUGAUCCUUGACGAGGCUCGCAAACGCAUCGAUGAAUUGAAUGAAGAAGCUAAUCGAUUGAAAAUAGGUGUUUUACGUGAAGCACAAGCUCAAGCUAAUGCUAAAGUCAAAGCCAUCACUGAGCACGUUGCUGCUUUGAAUACUGAAGAUGUUAGUCGUCUUUUUGGCCAGUAA